AUGGCAUCUCCUACUUCGUCUACAACACCUAAAUUAAUCAUACCGGAAGAAAGAUCACCUAGUGAAACAAACGAUAAUUAUACUUCUUCAACGUCUUCAGUACUUUCAUCUAAUAUCAUUCCUCCAUCACGUGGAACAACAACAAGAAAAUUAAAAAAAAUUCUUUCAACACAAUCAAGUUUUGAACGGCAUCAUCCACCACGUCCAAUUGCCAAACGUUUUUCAAUUGAUGCUGAUCCAUCAUCAGUCAUUUUAAAUACUCCUUCUACAGAUCUUUCUUUUAACUCUUUACAUCAUCAACCAUCAACAUCAGAUCCUGAAGAAACUUUAUCAAUUCUUACUUCUACAAAUGUUCAUGGCAAAGAUCUGUCACCUGCUCGAUCACCAUCAUUAAAAAAAAGUGACAGUUUCUUGGAAAUACCCUAUGAAAAAGGUGAAAUAGCCGAUUUAAUCAUAUUGGCUGAUGAUCCAAAUGCCGCAACACAUAUUACAAAUGAUGGGCACGAAGUGUUACUUGAACAUGGAGCAGCUCCCUAUGACGCAAUCAAAUCAAAAAAAGAAGCUUCUCGAGAAGCUCGUAAUGCUUUUAUAUCCAAUCGUCUUUUGCCUGGCGUUUAUUUUACUUUUAUAACAGCAUGUGGCUUAUUAGGUGGUUUCGGUUUUGCUCUAGGUCGAACAAAGAAACGUGAAACCACAGCUAAACUUACUCAAAAAGUAAAUGCAAGUAUAUUAUUUGAUGAUGGUCAUCGUUUAGCUGUAAAAGCUUUACGUCGUGCUUCAAUUUAUAGUUUAACUGGUGUUCUUUCAUUAACUGGUUUUUUAUGGUUAAUUAGCGGAAAACCAAAAACACUUGCAGAAUUUAGAACGUGGACUGGUUCAUGGCUACCAUCGAUAAAAAGCAAUAAAAAUAAACAAGAUGAAGGACGAACUGAAUUUAAAAAUUUAACAGAACUUAUGCAAUAUUUAAUUGAUGAAGAUAGUAACCUAAAGAAUAAGAAAAAGGAAAUGUCAACGAAUAUAAAAGACAUUUAG